CUCUCCAGCGGGGUGUUUGCACGGAGCUUCCGCACAUCUGCACGGCUGCAGCUGCUGCAGCAACGCAUGCACCGGUGGGGCAUCGGUGACCGCUGAUCGAUUAUCGUAUCGGAAAGCAAUUCGUAGCCGCAUGGUGACGUCACGCCGCUGAUCGGUAAUAGUGGCUGGGCGGGUUGAUUGGUGGGUGGGUGGCUGGGUGCCGCGCGGACGCCAGGGGUGGAUGAGUGCACCGAAACCCCACAGCAGGUGAAAAAGAAAAAGAAGAGGAGAGGAGGGGGGAAACACAUAAUUGCAGGAGGAGCGCGAGGACGUGCACGGGGACUGUUUGUUUAUUUUUGACGUCGGCGCGUGGGAAAUGUAGUAGCUGUCACGGCCGUCCGCAGGUGGAGGAUGGAUGUGUAACAGGACGGAUCAAGCCAGCUGUGGCCUGCUUCUGACAGCAACAUCUGGCCGGGUCAGAGAGGGCGCCUCAGCAGCCAGCCGGCUCUGGACUACAGCGGGCAGGUAGAGGCGAUGGAGGAGGGUGACACAGAGGGGGAAGGGCCCAUGGUGGCCAGAGAGGGACCGAGUGGUCACAGCCACCCUACAGACUCCAGCGGCACCACCACCACCAACCUCCUGGCUUCUGUCAAAGAGCAGGAGCUCCAGUUCGAGCGGCUGACUCGGGAGCUGGAGGAGGAGCGGCAGAUCGUGGCUAGCCAGCUGGAGAGGUGCAUGCUGGGAGCCGAGUCACCAGAAGGAGACAGCAGCAGCUCAUCCGAGAAGUCGUUUGCAUGGAGAUCCGCAGGCGGAGAGUCUCAGGGCGGAGCCACAGAGGGGUCUGGAUGUCCUGGUCGUCACCUGGAAGCAGAGGAGGGACUCUUCCUGCCGGAGCCGGACCGAGCAUCCCUACAUGGCAGUGAGGGCUCAGGAGGUCACUCGGUCCAGAUGACCUCGUAUUCUGACAGCGGCUACCAGGACAGCAGCGUCAGUUACUACAGCAACCAGAACGUAGUGCGUUCGGAGCCCCGAGCAUCAAUAUCCAGAAGCCCAAGAGCAGAGGGUCAAGCUUCUGGGCAGGCCUCCAGCCGGGUGUUACGGAGGAUGGCCUCCCUCCCCUCCAGGAGCCAGUCUCCUGGCUGCGGCACCGCCGGCACAGUCUCACCUUCCCGCAUCUCCCUGCGAACAUCCCAAGGCAGCACGUAUGACUCGCCCAUCCUGUCUGAGCCCAAACCGCUGGCCGCUGUUUUCCCAGGCACUACCAUGCCGCCCUCCUGCCCGUCGCCGACCUCCCCGACUGAGAGCACCCAGGGUAGAGGGGGUGGUGCAGGUGGAAUUGUAGGAGGAGUCGGACUAGGAGGAGGAGGAAGUGGAGGACGUCUGGGGUCCUCCCUUUCCUUGAUCGAGGGGAGGGGUUCAAUGGGGUCACCGCUGCGCUCAGGAAUGACGGCGGUGCCGCAGCACUACGGCUCCACCCUCCCCAGGCAGAGCCAGCCGCUGGCGUACGGCGCCGAUCCAUACGGCCUGUACCAGAGGAGCGCUCUGCCCCGCCCAGACAGCCUCAUAGGGCUCCACAGCUCAUACGCCGGUCACAGCGGGCAAAUUGAUCCAGAGCUGAGGGCGGCGUUGUCUCCAGACUGCCACAUGACGCCCGUUUUCGACGAGCGCUCCUUCCACAGCCCCCUGUACCACAGCCCCACCCACGACCCACAGGGCUCCCUCUACAGGACAAACACAGGAAUGGGGACUCUCCCUCGGACCACAAGCCAUUGCAACACGCUGCCGUACCAAAGAAGCAGCUAUGGGCUGAGCUCUGCAGCUGUAUACGUCGACUCCUUCAGGGUUCCCGGCGAGCCCGUCUACUCACACAGGCACUCUGGACUGGUGGACCAGGUGGUCACCCGAACCCCGUCCAUCGAGAGCAUCCACAAGGACCCCAGGGAGUUUGCUUGGCGUGACCCCGAGCUGCCCGAGGUCAUCCACAUGCUGCAGCAUCACUUCCCCUCUGUCCAAGCCAACGCCGCCGCCUACCUGCAGCACCUGUGCUACGGAGACAACAGGGUCAAGGUGGAGGUUUGUCACCUGGGAGGGAUCCAGCACCUGGUGGACCUCCUGGAUCAUAAGGUGGCCGAGGUUCAGAAGAGCGCCUGCGGGGCCCUGAGGAACCUGGUGUACGGCAAGGCCACCGACGACAACAAGGUGACGCUGAGGAACUGCGGUGGCGUGCCUGCCCUGCUCCGCCUCUUCCGGAAAACAACUGACAAUGAAGUCCGUGAACUGGUCACCGGCGUCCUGUGGAACCUCUCCUCGUGCGACGCGGUGAAGAUGACCAUCAUCCGCGAUGCUCUGACCACGCUGACCAACACAGUCGUCAUCCCCCACUCAGGCUGGAGCAGUGUUUCUCACCGUGACGAGCACAAAGUCAAGUUCCAGUCCUCCAUGCUGCUUCGCAACACCACCGGCUGCCUGAGGAGUCAGCUGCGGUGCUGUGAAGGUCUGGUCGACUCGCUGCUCCACGUCCUCAGAGCCUGCGUCAACACCUCCGAUUACGACAGCAAGAUAGUGGAGAACAGCGUCUGCACCCUGAGGAACCUUUCGUACCGCCUGGAGAUGGAGAUGCCCUCCUCUCGUCUCCUCGGCAACCAGGAGCUGGACACCCUGCUGGGGUUCUCCUCCCCAGCCAAGGAGCUGGACUACCUCUGCUGGGGCAAGAGGAGGCGUGGCAGGAAGAGAGGCGGCUGGCCCGACUCUAAGUGGGACGGUGUCGGGACAGUCCCGGGUUUCUCCCAGUCUCUGAGAGGAGCAGAGCUGCUGUGGCACCCAAUGGUGGUGAAGCCGUACCUCAACCUGCUGGCUGAAAGCUCCAACCCCGCCACCCUGGAGGGCGCUGCCGGGUCCCUGCAGAACCUCUCUGCAGGAAACUGGAAGUUUUCGGCCUACAUCCGAGCAGCGGUGCGUAAGGAGAAGGGCCUUCCCAUCCUGGUGGAGCUGCUGAGGAUGGACAAUGACCGGGUAGUCUGCUCCGUCGCCACCGCUCUGCGUAACAUGGCAUUGGACAGCCGCAACAAGGAACUGAUAGGAAAGUACGCCAUGCGGGAUCUGGUGAACCGGCUGCCUGGCGGCAGUCCCACUGUGCUGUCAGACGACACGGUGGCAUCAGUCUGUUGCACGCUGCAUGAAGUCAUCAGCCGCAACAUGGAGAACGCCAAAGCUUUAGCCGACAGCGGAGGCAUCGAGAAACUGGUGGAUAUCAGCAAAGGUCGAGGGAAAGGAUAUUCGAUGAAGGUUGUGAAGGCAGCUGCUCAGGUGCUGAACACCCUGUGGCAGUACAGAGAGCUGAGGACCCUCUACAAACAGGAUGGCUGGAACUACACCCACUUUGUCACCCCCGUCUCCACUCUGGAGCGGGACCGAUACCGCUCUCAGCCGACCCUACCCACCAGCCCAAUGCAGAUGUCCCCCGUCAUUCAAUCAGGCGGUAGUGCAACAUCCUCGCCAGCGAUGCUCGGGAUAAGAAGACACAGUUCAAACUAUCAGAGGGCCCAGUCAUCUAUGCAACUCGACACAUAUUAUGGAGACAACAGUUUACACAAACGGCAGUACACAGGGUCAGAGAAGAAAACCCCAUAUUUCAUUGGGACCUAUUCCUCCCAGUCAGGAGAGGAUCUGAGAAGAUCCCAGCACCCAGAGCCAUUCUACGACGAACCCGACAGGAAGAACUUCAACAGCUACAGAAUGUACCUGUCGUCCCCACAAGGCUACGGCGAGGAGCACUUUGAGGACGAACCGGCCCACCUGACCCCGUCUUCUCCCGACGGCUACGCCACCCAGUCGCUCCGAUUCAAAGCCAACACCAACUAUGUGGACUUCUACUCCACCACACGGAGGCCUUCAAACAGGGCGAACAAGUUCACCGGCUCCCCCGACUCGUGGGUGUAGAAAGAAAACAGACGCCAUGGACAUCAAGUCUUCACCACGUUGGCUGUCCGUUCCUGUGGGUGUAUGUGUGCGGGGAGUGCGUUGUGUGGCUGCGUGAAAGGUUGCGGAUGCAUGUGGAUAUGUAUGUGUGUGUCUGUACUGAAGCUGUGCUGAAUGACCAGGGCUUGGUUUGCCAUGUGCAGCUUUUGACUAAGUCAGACCGCACGAUAAUAAUACCCGGAAAAAAAUUAUCCCUUUAUUUUUGACUCCGAAGCUAAAAACAAACCAAACAAACACAAAAAAGUCAAAGUUUUAUCAGAGGUUUAUUGCAUAACAUAAAGAAGCAGUGCUGUAUGAAAUUGUUCGCUAGUUUAAUGAGCUUCAGGCUGCAAAACUAGAAUAUUCUGAAAUAUUUCCACCAUGUUGUUUGGCCGUUGCGUACAACUUAUAAUUCCCACACACUUGUAAAGGUGUUGGCUAGAGGCACAAACAGUCUAAAAGAUGGACGUAGCCACCGUUACCUUACCCACCCCCCUCAGUGAAGUCCCUUCGAGCUGAGUGUCUUCUGGCUAAAUGUGUCAAACGAGGAGUGGAUCUACCGCACCCACUCCCAUACCUUGCUUUAUCAGCCUUUCAUCCUUUUUGACAUUAACAGGGACCACAAUUUGCAAAAUAAACACUAUGCUGUAUUCAGUAACACUUGAAAGUAGCGACUGAGACCAUGAACUCGUUGGGAAAAUGUUUACUGAGGUUGCAUAGACUUCUACAAUCUACAGUAAGAGCCAGAAAUCCUUAGAGAAGAGUUUGCAUGCUUGAAAUCCCAGAAAGAUUAAAUCAGAUUAAACUGGGAACUCCCCAGUUAUCCAGGACUAUCUCAUAGAACCCCUAUCAAACUGGAAGUCCACAGAGUGGCAGUUCUUGUGUAUAUUUAAGACAAUUCUCUGAUAUAGCUAUGACCUUACUGAGACUCGGUGCGUUAACCGUAAUGUUAAAUUCUGGAAAUCAUCGCCAAGUGUGAACAACCAUCAAGGAUCAAAAGUAAGUCUUGUUGCUUUGAGUAUACUAAAUUGGAUUCUUUCUAAGGAAGAUUUUGCGUUUUAAUUGAUAGGUUUUUUUUGUAAACAAUGAUCAGGAUGUGAAACAAAUUGUCUUGGGCUUUGCCAUUUCUGCCAGAAGCUAAGUCUACAGACUAGCUAAUGGGUUCCCAAGGCUUAGUCAAAAGGUGCUUUUUAAACAAAAGAAAGAAAAAAACCUAGCCCUGACAUUGUUGUUUACUCGAGUGUUUGUUCACGUCAACUGAUUUCAUUUUUCUCUGCAGUAAAAGUGUGCAGUGUGUUGGCUUUAUAACAUAAAUAUCGUCCGCCAGCAUCAUCUUGAAUGCAAGAGAAAAAGAAACUUGCUGAAGCUGAGGAUCACACCUGGGACAAAUUCUAUUUACCAGUUAAAUAAAACCACUACUCCAAACAACAUAAAAGCUGCUCCAAAUAUUAUUUGACCUGGGUUUGGAGAUGAACAUCCUCACGCUCAUGAACCUUUAAAGACUCAGAGAACUGGGGUUAAACCUGUAACCCUCUGCUUUUCUGUAAUGUUGGCCAAAAGUGCAGUAUAUCAUAAAGUAUGUGAAAUAUGUGGAAAAACAAAAGUGAACAUCUAUUUGUACAGAUAAAAAUGGUUUAACUGUCCUGUUACAUUGUUGUAUUCAAUAUGUAGAACUUUCUUAUGUGAUUGUGAGGAAGAUUUUUGUAUUAUUUAUCGAUUAUUUUUAUUAAUUUAAUUGUGACCUGACCAAAAUACCCAAUCUGUCUGUUCUGUCUAAAACUGAUAAUGAUGAUGUGUUACAGAGGGAAAUAAUAUGUAUAGGGAUUAAAGAUUAUAUCACGAUGAGACA